AUGUCCACGUCGUCAAAGGCUCGUAUGACGGGACCCUUCUCGGACGAGUCUGGGAUUGGUUUCGAGACGUGGAAGAACGAGAAGAAUUGGCGCGCGCACGGACAGCCGACAUGCUGUCGAGCUGCACACAGUCGACUCUCUUUACGCCCUUACCACCUCUUCCACCUUCCCUCGACUACAAUCGACGUCCAGACCACUAGCGACGACUGUACAUUGCGUCGCUAUCUGGAGCAAGACCUCUCACCCAUCAUGUCGGCUGCCACAUCAACAAAAGGUGCUGGCGCUGGCGCCGGCGCUAGCACACGUGCAGCAUAUCGUCUGCCCACCCUCUCUGCCGAGGCCAACAAGAACGUCCUCUCGCUGCUUCGUCUCAUUAUCAUUUUCCUGAUUGCUGGCGCAGCUGUAUCAUCACGUCUGUUCGCAGUGGUGCGACACGAGAGUAUCAUUCACGAGUUCGACCCGUGGUUCAACUUUCGCGCCACCAAAGUGUUGACCACAGAUGGCUUCUACCGCUUCUGGAACUGGUUCGAUGCUACAGCGUGGUACCCGCUCGGACGAGCUGCUGGUGGAACUGCGUAUCCAGGUCUCAUGGUGACCUCAGGUGCCAUCUACAAUCUCUUCCAUUCGCUCAACAUUCCCGUCGACAUUCGAAACAUUUGCGUGCUGCUCGCUCCCGCCUUCUCCGGUCUCACGGCGUGGGCGACGUACAUGUUCACGGCGGCGAUGAAGGACGAUGCUGCUGGUCUGCUGGCAGCAGCCUUCAUCGGUAUCGCUCCGGGAUACAUCUCGAGGUCGGUGGCUGGAUCGUACGACAACGAAGCUAUCGCCAUUUUCUUGCUCAUGAUGACCUUCUAUCUGUGGAUCAAGGCGCUCAAGGACGGCUCGGCGCUGUGGGGUGUCGCAACUGCACUUUUCUACUUCUACAUGGUAGCCGCAUGGGGAGGAUACGUGUUCAUCACCAACAUGAUCCCGCUGCAUGUUCUCGUGCUCAUCCUGAUGGGCAGGUUCAGCUCUCGUCUCUACGUCUCCUACUCAAGCUUCUACGCAGUGGGAACUCUCGCAUCCAUGCAGGUGCCCUUCGUCGGCUUCCAGCCUGUUCGUACCAGCGAACACAUGGCUGCGCUCGGCGUCUUUGGUCUGCUUCAGCUCGUCGCUUUCGUAGAGCUGGUUCGAUCACACGUUCCUAGCAAGCAGUUCAAGCUGUUGCUCGUCGGGUUCGUCGUACUCGUCGCAACACUCGCGUUCGGUGCCCUGGUAGCACUGACCUAUGCCGGCUACGUCGCUCCCUGGACCGGUCGAUUCUACUCGCUGUGGGACACGGCCUACGCCAAGAAGCACAUCCCGAUCAUCGCGUCCGUAUCCGAGCACCAGCCUCCUGCCUGGCCUGCCUUCUUCUUCGAUUUGGAGAUGCUCAUCUUCCUCUUCCCAGUCGGUGUCUUCCUGCUCUUCAAGGAGUUGAGGGACGAGCACGUCUUUGUCAUCAUCUACGCCGUCAUGGCGAGCUACUUUGCCGGUGUCAUGGUGCGUCUCAUGUUGACCUUGACGCCCGUGGUAUGCGUCAGCGCGGCCAUUGCGAUGAGCACGCUGUUGCAGACGUAUCUCGAUCCCAAGGAGCCGACACCGCUCGAGGGCCGUGCCGACGCGGACGACGAUUCGGUGGCCAAGUCGACUCGCUCAACUACACGCAAGGCAGCGGAAGUCGCAUCCACGCCAAAGGAGAACACCGUCGCGGGAUCUGAUUCGGAGAUCUCGCGACCCGCUUCCCCCGUCUUCGGCGCAUCUUCCUUCUCCAGCUCCAAGUUUGGCGUGUUUGGUCUCGACUCGCGCUUCUUCGUCACCAUCUACUCGCUCCUGCUGCUGCUCGUGUUUGUCCUGCACUGCACGUUCGUCACCUCUACCGCCUACUCUUCACCCUCUGUCGUGCUCGCAUCGCGCAACGCCGACGGUUCGCAGCACAUCAUCGACGAUUUCAGAGAAGCCUACUACUGGCUGCGUCAAAACACCGCCUCGGACGCCAAAGUCAUGUCGUGGUGGGACUACGGUUACCAGAUCUCCGGCAUGGCCGAUCGACCCACACUCGUCGACAACAACACCUGGAAUAACACGCACAUCGCCACCGUCGGCAAAGCGAUGUGUUCGUCGGAAGAGAAAUCCUACCCGAUCCUGCGCAAGCACGACGUUGACUACGUGCUAAUCAUCUUCGGCGGGCUGUUGGGUUUCAGCGGUGACGACAUCAACAAGUAUCUGUGGAUGAUCAGGAUCGCACAGGGUGUUUGGCCGGACGAGGUGAGGGAGGCCGACUACUUUACGCCGCGCGGCGAGUACAAGAUCGACGACGGCGCGAGCAAGACCAUGAAGGACAGCUUACUUUACAAAAUGAGCUACUAUCGGUUCAACGAUCUGUUCGGGGGAAGGCCGGGGAUGGAUAGGGUGAGGCAGACGCAGGGUCCGACCAAGAGCCCGGAGCUGGAGUAUCUGGAUGAGGCGUUUACGAGUGAGAAUUGGAUUGUGAGGAUCUACGAGGUGAAGAAGCCGGAUGCGUUGGGGAGAGACUUGCCUGGUGUCAAGGGCUUUGAGGGUGGAAAGAGGAGGAAGAGGGCUUUCGCUUUGCCGGCGACCAAGGGCAAGUGA